GAUCCCGCCGUCGCGGCAAAGAGCCGCCUUUGUUCCGCGGCCUAAGAGGAGCUGGGGUCCGGCGGCUGCACUAUGAUACCCAGGAGGACUGCGCAGGGAAGGCGCCCGAGGUGGCUGCUCUCCAUCAUCUCCGCGCUGCUCUCCGCUGUCCUGCAGACGCGCUCCGCGACAGGGGCAGCUUCCCAGGACCACCUGGACCUCACAGAGCUCAUCGGCGUCCCAUUACCCUCAUCUGUGUCCUUUGUCACCGGCUACGGCGGUUUUCCGGCCUACAGCUUUGGACCUGGUGCCAAUGUCGGCCGCCCAGCCAGGACCCUCAUCCCACAUACCUUCUUCAGGGACUUCGCCAUUGGUGUGGCGGUGAAGCCUAACAGUGCCGGUGGAGGCGUGCUCUUUGCCAUCACUGAUGCUUUCCAGAAAGUCAUCUACCUGGGCCUUCGGCUUUCCGGUGUGGAGGACGGCCGCCAGCGCGUUAUCCUCUACUACACUGAACCAGGCUCCCAGGUGUCCCAGGAAGCUGCUGUCUUCUCAAUGCCAGUGAUGACCAACAGGUGGAAUCAUUUUGCUGUGACCAUCCAGGGCGAGGAAGUGGCUCUUCUCGUGGACUGUGAGGAACACAGCCACGUCCUCUUCCAGCGGUCUUCCCGGCCUCUGAUGUUUGAGCCCAGCGCUGGGAUCUUUGUGGGCAAUGCAGGAGCCACGGGGCUGGAGAGAUUUACGGGCUCCAUACAGCAGCUUACCAUCUAUACAGAUCCCAGGACCCCUGAAGAGCUGUGUGAAGCACAGGAGUCCUCGGCAUCUGGAGAAGCCAGUGGGCUUCAGGAGAUGGAUGAAGUUGCUGAAAUCAUGGAAGCUGUCACCUACACCCAAGCCCCGCCUAAAGAAGUGCACGUUGAUCCCAUAAGCGUGCCUCCUACUUCACUUUCCUCCGCUGAGGACACGGAGCUUUCUGGUGAACCGGCACCAGAAGGAACCCCAGAAACCAACUUGAGCGUCAUUGGGUACAGCAUCCCUGAGCAAGGGUCUGGUGAAAUUCUGAAUGAUACACUGGAGGUCAGCAUUGUGAGUAGGGACCCCAGGACUGAGGAUGGCUCAGGGGAUGGCACCUUGUUGAACGUCACUGACGGUCAGGGGUUAUCAGCAACAGCAACUGGGGAGGCCGGAGUGCCUGUCACCACUACGCUGGAAGCAGAGAUCAGCAGUGUGCCUACUGGGGGGCCCGCCAUGGCCAUGUCUACCCAGAACUCCAGGGAAGUGGCCACUCCAGAUCCAGAGACUGAAGAAAAUCCAGCAGCAACGGCAUCAGGGGAUGGUGAGGUACCCACCGGCACCACUGGGGAUGCAGAGGCUGGCAGCGUGCCCACUGGAGGGCCAACCCUGGAGCCAAGAGAAGAAGCCAGUCUGGGUCCAAAAGGUGAAGGAUGGUUAUCCCCAGCUGUGUCCAAAGUGCCCCCCGGUGCCUUCGAGGAAGAGGAAGCCAGUGGGACUGCCAACGACAGCCUGGAUAGCUCCACGCCCACAAUGGCCCUUGAGCAAGCCAGCGGGGACUCUACAGACACCCAGGCCACUCUGACACCCACAGUGGCCCUUGAGCAAGCCAGCGGGGACCCUACAGACACCCAGGCCACUCUGACACCCACAAUGGUCCUUGAGCAAGUGUUUACUACUGUACCCACCAAUGAGGAAGACUUGAUGGCCUCCACAGAGGGAGCCGAAGAGGAGGGAUCUGGCAGCACGCCCCCCAGUGGGCCUCCACUCCCCACACCCACAGUGGGUCCUGAGAGGCAGGUCACUCUGGUAGGUGUGGAGGCUGAGGGCUCUGGCUCCAUUUGGGGCGUGGAAGCGGGCUCGGGCUCUGGAGACAUUAUGGAGAAUGAGGAUCUGUUGAGAGGUCCUCCGGGCCCCCCAGGCCCACCUGGAUCACCUGGGAUUCCAGGAAAGCCAGGAACUGAUAUUUUCAUGGGACCCCCUGGAUCUCCUGGAGAGGAUGGAGCUGCUGGUGAGCCAGGACCCCCGGGCCCCGAGGGACAGCCUGGACUUACUGGAGCCUCUGGCCAACCUGGAAUGAAAGGAGAGAAGGGAGCAAGAGGGCCUAAUGGCUCGGUUGGCGAGAAGGGUGAUCCUGGCAACCGAGGCUUACCAGGGCCCCCAGGGAAGAAUGGAGAAGUUGGAACUCCUGGGGUCAUGGGACCACCAGGGCCUCCUGGACCCCCUGGGCCCCCAGGCCCGGGUUGUACAACAGAACCGGGAUUUGAGAUCGAAGGCUCUGGGGACAUCCAGCUGUUGAGCAAACCCAGAAUCUUGGGACCCACUGCUCCAAGUGGUCCCAAGGGAGAAAAAGGAGAGCAAGGCCUCAAGGGUGAACCAGGAGUCGACGGAGCCAGCACUGUGGGUCCCCCUGGGCCCAGGGGACCACCUGGACACGUCGAGGUCCUGUCCAGUUCUUUGGUCAACAUCACCAAUGGAUUCAUGAAUUUCUCGGACAUUCCUGAGCUCAUGGGGCCUCCGGGGCCAGAUGGUAUACCAGGGCUGCCAGGAUUUCCGGGCCCUAGAGGACCGAAAGGUGACACUGGUGUGCCCGGCUUCCCAGGUCUAAAAGGAGAACAGGGCGAGAAGGGAGAGCCCGGUGCCAUCCUGACUGGGGACAUUCCUCUGGAAAUGGUGAAAGGGAGAAAGGGUGAACCUGGAAUGCACGGAGCCCCAGGACCCAUGGGACCCAAAGGACCACCAGGACACAAAGGAGAAUUUGGCUUCCCGGGACGACCUGGUCGCCCAGGACUGAACGGCCUCAAGGGUGCCAAAGGAGAUCGCGGCCUCAUGAUGCCAGGUCCACCUGGCCUACCUGGACCCCCAGGACCUCCAGGACCCCCUGGAGCUGUGGUCAACAUCAAAGGUGCUGUUUUUCCCGUACCUGCCCGGCCACACUGCAAAACACCAGUUGGUACUGCUCACCCUGGUGACCCGGAGCUUGUCACUUUCCACGGUGUUAAAGGAGAGAAAGGGUCCUGGGGUCUUCCUGGGUCAAAAGGAGAAAAGGGGGACCAAGGAGCCCAAGGACCACCAGGCCCUCCGGUUGAUGCAGCUUACCUGAGAUAUUUCCUCAACAGCUUGAAGGGUGAGAGUGGAGAUGCAGCCUUCAGAGGAGAGCCCAGCAACAACCUCUUUGUGUCUGGGCCUCCAGGCCUCCCAGGACACCCAGGCUCGAUUGGUCAGAAGGGAGAGGCUAUUGUCGGGCCCCAGGGACCCCCAGGAACUCCAGGCCUGCCUGGUCCUCCUGGCUUUGGGAGACCUGGUGCUCCUGGACCACCGGGACCACCUGGGCCACCAGGACCUCCUGCCAUCCUGGGUGCAGCUGUGGCUCUUCCAGGCCCACCUGGCCCUCCAGGACAGCCAGGACUCCCUGGAUCCAGAAACUUGGUCACGGCACUCAGCAACAUGGGUGACAUGCUGCAGAAAGCACACUUGGUCAUAGAAGGGACGUUCAUCUAUCUGAGGGACAGUGGGGACUUUUUCAUUCGUGUCCGAGAUGGUUGGAAAAAAUUACAGUUAGGGGAACUCAUCCCCAUUCCUGACGACAGUCCCCCACCACCGGCACUUUCCAGCAAUCCAUACCAGCCGCAGCCUCCACUGAACCCCAUUUUAAGUGCUAAUUAUGAGAGGCCUGUUCUGCACCUGGUUGCUCUGAACACACCGGUGGCUGGGGACAUCCGAGCUGAUUUCCAGUGCUUCCAGCAGGCCAGAGCCGUGGGCAUGUUGUCUACCUACCGAGCUUUCCUAUCAUCCCACUUGCAGGAUCUCUCCACAGUUGUGAGGAAGGCAGAGAGAUUCAGCCUUCCAAUUGUGAACCUCAAGGGUCAAGUGCUUUUUAACAACUGGGACUCGAUAUUUUCUGGUGAUGGAGGUCAGUUCAAUACGCACAUUCCGAUAUACUCCUUUGAUGGCCGAGACGUGAUGACUGAUCCCUCCUGGCCGCAGAAGGUUGUUUGGCAUGGCUCCAACCCCCAUGGCGUCCGUCUUGUGGACAAGUACUGUGAAGCCUGGAGAACCACAGACAUGGCAGUGACGGGAUUUGCCUCCCCGCUCAGCACAGGGAAGAUUCUGGACCAGAAAGCUUAUAGCUGUGCUAAUAGACUAAUCGUUUUGUGUAUCGAAAACAGUUUCAUGACAGACACUAGGAAGUAAUAACCUUCCCAUGAUUCUU